AUGGCCGGUACUCUGGCGCUCAUCUAUACCACGACAAUCCCCUACGUGGUCUUCGCAUAUAAGCAGCACAGCUAUUUGCGGUCUGGCUACUUCUUUUGUUUGGCCAUUUUGACAGUCGGAAGGAUCACCACGAUGUUCGCUCGGCAUUCGGAUGAGUCUGAUAAUGCCAGCCACUUCCGCCUUGACUGCGUCUGGCUCGGGCUCUUGGCAUUGGCGCCUGCGAUUCAGGCCCUGUGUCAGCCUGGGGUAAACCCUCCAUCACUGGCUAUUAACCUUGUACGACUCACGGGAUGGAACUUGUUAGGGGCUGUCUGCUAUCUAGCAAGAGUCCCCGAGAGUCUCGGGGUGGUAGGGAACUGGAAGCCAAGCCUCUACAUAAUGCAUCUGUUGCUCGUCUUCAACAAUAUCUGGUAUGCUCAAGGCAUCUGGGACUUCAUGGCCUAG